GACGUCGCUGGAGCUGCGGGGGAGGAGGAGGAGCAGACCGCGCUGCUCGCUUUAUUAUCGGCUUCUCCGACUCUGCGUCUCCUGUAUAUUUCAAAACAAAGACAGACAUCGCUUCUGGACCGUGUUUUCAGUUCGCCCACCACCGACUUCCAUCGACGUGUGCGUCGCCCAGCGGCUCGGGACGGGGUCGCACCUGCAGCGGAGCUUAAUGGACAACAAAGGCUGGGACCAGCCGAGCCGCAGCGAGCCGAGGAACUCGCUGGUUUAAUUAUAGCAGGACUCGGUCCCGGAGGGAUCAGCGUGGCGGCCGCCGUCACUCAGCAGUCCUGAACACUAGAGAAACGACACAAUCAUGUGGGUCAGUCCCGAAGACGUGCUGCUGGCGGGGGCCUUGUGGAUCACCGAGAGAGCAAACCCCUACUUCAUCCUGCAGAGACGGAAAGGCCACGGGGAUGGAGGCGGAGGGCUGGCCGGUUUGCUGGUCGGGACUUUGGAUGUGGUUCUGGACUCGAGCGCCCGGAUGGCACCUUAUAGGAUCCUCUACCAGACUCCUGACUCGUUAGUUUACUGGAUCAUUGCUCAUGGAACGUCCCGUAAAGAGAUCACGGAGCACUGGGAGUGGCUGGAACACAACCUGCUGCAGACUCUCUCCAUCUUUGAGAAUGAAAAUGACAUUACCACCUUUGUUAAAGGGAAGGUGCAGGGCAUCAUAGCAGAGUACAACAAGAACCAUGAUGUCAAAGAGGACGAUGACACAGACAAGUUCAAGGAGGCCAGCGCCAAGUUUCGUAAGCUGUUUGGGAUGCCCGAAGAAGAGAAGCUGGUCAACUAUUAUUCCUGCAGCUACUGGAAGGGGAAGGUGCCGCGGCAGGGAUGGCUGUACCUCAGCAUCAACCACCUCUGCUUCUAUUCCUCUCUACUGGGAAAAGAAGCUAAACUGGUGGUACGCUGGGCAGAUAUCACCCAACUGGAGAAGAGCGCCACCCUCCUGCUGCCCGAUGUGAUCAAAGUCAGCACUCGCGCCAAAGAGCACCUCUUCUCUGUCUUCCUCAACAUCAAUGAGACCUUCAAACUGGCGGAGCAGCUGGCCAACAUCGCCAUGCGCCAACUACUGGACAACAAAGGGUUUGAGCAGGACCGCUCGCUGCCCAAGCUCAAAAAGAAGUCCCCCAUGAAGGUGUCGGCACUAAAGAGAGACCUGGAUGCCAGAGCUAAGAGUGAGCGUUACCGGGCACUGUUCCGGCUGCCCAAAGAUGAAAAACUGGAUGGACACACAGACUGCACCCUGUGGACCCCCUUCAACAAGAUGCACAUCUUGGGGCAGAUGUUUGUCUCCACCAACUACAUCUGCUUCACCAGUAAAGAGGAGACCCUGUGCAGCCUCAUCAUCCCACUGCGUGAGGUGACCAUCGUAGAAAAGGCAGAUAGCUCCAACGUGUUGCCCAGCCCACUCUCGAUCAGCACCAAGAAUCGCAUGACCUUCUUGUUUGCCAACUUGAAAGAUCGAGACUUUCUGGUGCAAAGGAUCUCCGACUUUCUGCAGCAAACCACCUCCAAGAUCUACCUAGAAAGAGAACUGAAUAGCAGUCUUAACAGCUCAGAUGAUGAAGUUUACUCCCAGCAUGGAUCCCAGCACUCCAGCAGUCCACAUUACAGUCUCGGCUCAGAAGGUGAGCGCACGUUCAACCUGAAUGACAGCAGCGUGCCCACAGCCACGGAGGCCCUGAUGACCAUGUAUCGCCGCCGUUCACCUGAGGAGUUUAAUCCCAAACUGGCAAAAGAGUUCCUGAAGGAGCAGGCGUGGAAGAACCACUUUACUGAAUAUGGAGAGGGAGUGUGCAUGUACCGCACGGAGAAGACGAAAGAGCUUGUUCUUAAGGGGAUCCCUGAGGGCAUGAGAGGAGAGCUGUGGCUGCUCUUCUCAGGGGCGAUCAAUGAGAUGUGCACUCACCCUGGCUACUACGAGGACCUGGUGGAGAAAUCGAUGGGCAAAUACAACCUGGCUACGGAGGAGAUCGAGAGGGACCUGCAUCGCUCUCUGCCGGAGCACCCAGCCUUCCAGAACGAGAUGGGCAUCGCCGCCCUGCGCAGGGUCCUCACUGCCUACGCUUUCAGAAAUCCCAACAUCGGAUACUGUCAGGCCAUGAAUAUUGUAACAUCUGUGUUGCUGCUUUAUGCCAAAGAAGAGGAGGCGUUUUGGCUGCUCGUGGCGCUCUGUGAGAGGAUGCUGCCCGACUAUUACAACACUAGGGUCGUAGGAGCCCUUGUUGACCAGGGUGUUUUCGAGGAGCUCGCCCGAGAGUACGUUCCCCAGCUGUACGACUGCAUGCAGGACCUCGGCGUCAUCUCCACCAUCUCGCUCUCCUGGUUCCUCACCCUCUUCCUGUCCGUCAUGCCGUUCGAGAGUGCGGUGGUGGUUGUGGACUGUUUCUUCUAUGACGGCAUCAAGGUCAUCUUUCAGUUGGCGCUCUCGGUGCUAAAUGCCAACAUCCACGAGCUGCUGGGCUGCAAGGACGAUGGGGAGGCCAUGACUGUGCUGGGCAGGUACCUGGACAGUGUGAGCAAUAAGGACAGCACCCUGCCUCCUAUCCCCCACCUGCACUCUUUACUGACAGACAACGGAGAACCACAUCCAGAGGUUGACAUCUUUAAACUGGUCCGCAGCUCUUAUGAGAAAUUCGGGUCAAUCCGUGCAGAUGUGAUUGAACAGAUGCGUUUCAAACAGAGACUGAAGGUCAUCCAAACUAUUGAGGAUACAACUAAACGCAACGUGGUCAGAAGUAUUGUCACAGAGAUGUCUUUCAGCAUUGAUGAGCUGGAGGAGCUCUAUGUGCUCUUCAAGGCGGAGCACCUCACCAGCUGUUACUGGGGAGGCAGCAGCAAUCCCACGGAGCGCCACGACCCCAGUCUGCCGUACCUGGAGCAGUACCGCAUAGACAUGGAGCAGUUUAAGGGCCUGUUCAGCCUGCUGUUCCCCUGGUCCAACGAAGCCCACUCCGACCCCUUGGCCGUCCGCUUCUUCCGUCUACUUGAUGAAAAUGCGGAUGGCCUUAUCAACUUUCGCGAGUUCAGUAGCGGCCUGGGUGUUCUCUGUCACGGGGACCUCACUGAAAAGCUGAAGCUCCUCUACAAGAUGCAUGUUUUACCAGAGAUCAUUCAUGAACAAGAGGAGCCCGAUUCUGCCUUCGAAGCCACUCAGUACUUCUUUGAAGACAUCACUCCAGAAACAUCCAUCGGCCAUGACUCAAAGUGCAGAAGUGAAAAGGACGAUGGUUUUGUCAGAGUUACAUUCAAGACUGAGAAAGUGAAAAGACUGAACAACCCAGAUUACCGCCAUUACCUGAAACUGUGGAACCAGGAGACGAAACCCAAACGAGAAAACACAAAAAACCUCCCGAAGCUGAAUCAGAGCCAAUUCAUCGAGCUUUGCAAGACCCUCUACAAUAUGUUCAGCGAGGAUGUCGCAGAACAGGAGCUCUAUCACGCCACAGCAACGGUCACCAGUUUGCUGCUGGAGAUGGGAGAAGUGGGAAAGCUCUUCUCUUCCUUGGGCAAAAAAGAUCUCAAACAGGAGGGGAAAGCGGAGUCGAGCACGUGCGAGAGAGACUUCUCGGAUCUCCAAGCGUCCCAGGAGGGUCAGGAUAUGGGAGACGUUUUCGUCCCCGCUAGUCUGGAGAAGGAGUCCGUGCCCCCCAUGCAAGACAUCAAGCUGGAGGACUCGUCUCCGAAAGACACGGGCACGUCGUCCGCCAUGCUCAUCUCCGACGAUGAAACCAAAGACGACACAUCAAUGUCGUCGUACUCGGUGCUCAGCGCCGGCUCCCACGAGCUGGAUGAGAAGCUGCAGUGUGAGGACAUUGCAGAGGACACCGUGUUGGUGCGCAGCGACGACUGCUCCAACGGCGAUAGGAGCAAACAACCUCCCGCCGGCGGGCUGCAGGACCGCGGGCUGCCUCACAGCACAAGCAUAGACAAAGACUGGGCCAUCACGUUCGAGCAGUUCCUGGCCUCCGUCCUCACCGAGCACGCCCUGGUGCGUUAUUUUGAGAAACCGGUGGAGGUGGCGGCUGUUAUAACCAACGCCAAGAACGUGCGGAAAGUCGGGCGCCCGCUGCUGUCAAUGAGUGACUAUGAAAUCUCGCUCUCUGGAUAAAUAGCAGGAUUAUCCACCAGUGGUGUUUUUGGGAAGAAUGAAGGUUUAUGUAAAAUGUAAGUGUAUGAUAGUUGAAAGAAUGUGACCAAACUUGCUUCUAUUAAUGUAUUUUA